AAGGGCGCCCAGGCUUAAAGUAUGGCCAGCAAAGAUGGUCUCUGCCAAGGAGCCAGCGAUCGCGAUGUCUGCGGGGCUGUCUGUCGCCUUCAUCCACUUCCUGUGCCUGGCGACCUGUCUCACGGUGCUCCCGGGACAGCUCAAAAAGGAGGAGAGAUUAUGGCCGGAGAAUUUCACGCGCAUCCUGGACCGUCUCCUGGAUGGUUAUGACAACAGGCUGCGUCCUGGAUUUGGGGGUUCUGUUACUGAAGUCAAAACAGAUAUCUAUGUCACCAGUUUUGGACCGGUUUCUGAUGUAGAGAUGGAGUACACGAUGGAUGUUUUCUUCCGUCAGACAUGGGUGGACAAAAGAUUAAGAUAUGAUGGUCCAAUUGAAAUCCUCAGACUUAACAACCUAAUGGUUACCAAAGUGUGGACACCGGACACUUUCUUCCGGAAUGGGAAAAAAUCUGUCUCUCAUAAUAUGACAGCUCCAAAUAAACUUUUUAGAAUUAUGAGAAACGGCACCAUCCUGUAUACAAUGAGGCUCACCAUAAGUGCUGAGUGUCCCAUGAGGUUGGUGGAUUUCCCAAUGGAUGGCCAUGCAUGUCCUCUGAAAUUUGGGAGUUAUGCAUAUCCAAAGAGUGAAAUGAUUUACACGUGGACAAAAGGACCUAAGAAUUCUGUGGAAGUCCCUGAAGAGUCUUCCAGUUUGGUUCAGUAUGACCUGCUCGGGCAUACAGUAUCCAACGAAACUGUUAAAUCUAUUACAGGGGAAUAUAUUGUUAUGACGGUGUACUUUCACCUCAGACGGAAAAUGGGUUAUUUUAUGAUACAGACAUAUAUCCCAUGCAUCAUGACUGUGAUCCUCUCCCAGGUUUCAUUUUGGAUCAAUAAAGAGUCUGUUCCUGCCAGAACUGUUUUUGGAAUAACCACAGUUUUGACUAUGACAACUCUAAGCAUCAGCGCGAGGCAUUCCUUACCCAAAGUUUCCUACGCCACUGCCAUGGACUGGUUCAUCGCGGUGUGUUUUGCAUUUGUGUUCUCGGCCCUGAUUGAGUUUGCGGCUGUCAACUAUUUCACUAACAUUCAAACGGAAAAAGCCAAAAGGAAAGCUAUGAAAUCCAUCCCCGAAUUUCCAGCAAGUCUCAUGCAGAGGGAAAAUUAUGCAGAAGAGGCACCCACGAGUACAGACUCAAACUCAAACGUGAGGAAAAGAACUAAUACUACAGUACAGCCAGAAGCUGAGAACAUGAAGCGAAUUGACACAGGAAACAGUUCAAUGCCACUUCCUACAGUAACUCCUACAGUAACUCAGGGGCCUUCGGAGGUUAUGCCCCGAUCUCCUUCGGCAUCAAGCCCGAACCCAUUCAGUCGCAUUAGCUUUUCAGAAACACUGGCUUCUGCGAGAGCGACACCUUCUGCCCCCCCUUCAACCCCAGUUCUAACUGGAUACAUUCCUCAGCAAGCCACCGCUGGAUCUCCAGCGAUCCACCAUUUGCUUGGAUCUAGACUGGAGCAGAUUCAGACAACAGCAAAUGCUUUGGGAUCAUCUGCAAAACCGUCAGUCGUCAACCCUCCUCCAGCUCCUCCUCCCUCAAGUUCGGGCACCAGUAAGAUAGACAAAUAUGCACGCAUUUUGUUUCCUGUCACUUUUGGAGCUUUCAACAUGGUCUACUGGGUGGUGUAUCUAUCCAAGGACACCAUGGAAAAAUCAGAAAGUCUAAUGUAGUUUUGCUGCUAUGUAGUAGGGGGGUUUUUCUGGAAUUUCUUCUUAAAUACCUUUGAAUGCAGAGUUUCUUCUUUUAAAACUAUUUUUUAAAAAAGAAACUGUUGAUGCUAUUUUUUAAAAAAACACACACCUCUGUGCUCGUUUUCCCAUGGUAAAGGGCAGAUGUUAUUAGGUAAAUUAACUUAGCAAAGAGGGGGGAAAUGGGGGUAUGAAACUGUCUUCCGGGCAUUCCUCAGACGGCACUCCAUUCAGACAAAAUCCAAGGGGCCAUUGGGGAGAAUAAAGAUGAGGUGCAGACCAGUUGCAGAGUAUACAGGUGUGCAAGAGAUACAGUCUGGGAGAAAUCUGUAUUUUUGUGGUCUGCCUGGCUACCACACUAUAUGCUCUGAUCUGAGUCAUGGCAGCUGUUGACCUGGACAUUCUUUAGCCAGUAAAGUCCUUCCAUGAUACAAUGCAUGAUGACUGGUAAUGGAUGUGGGGGUGGGGGAGACCAUUUUUUCACUGAGCAGUUAUAUAUGUCAAAUGCACAAGUUACUAUGGAUCUGAACUAAGGAUGGUGGGUCUUAAGAAGCCUUGGGAAAGUUCUUUUAAACUAGGGAACACUGGAUAUGACCCAGGCAAAUUUAAGCACUUUCUGUGGAACCCAUGCCACUUUAAAAAUGCUUUACAUAAGUUGGAAAGUGUACCCUUGUUAAGUAAAAACGGGCUUUUCCUCUUGU